CUGAUAGGCUUGGAUACUUAGCGAGAGACAGCAACCAAACCCUCCCUCCCCCUCUCUCUCUCUUCUCCUUUUUCACAAUCUCUCGUGUCUCACUCUGCUGUCGUAGAGACUGCAGGCUGCACACACUCAGUGAGUCCUUCUCUCUCUGUCCUGUUGUCUCACUCAGCGUUUCAGGCACAGAAACGGACUCUUCUGCACUGUUCUCUGCAUGACUGUCACAAAGAUGUCAUGGCGGCCGACCUACCGGAGCUCCAAGUUUCGAAACGUCUACGGCAAAGUGGCCAAUCGAGAGCACUGCUUCGAGGGCAUCCCGAUCACAAAAAACGUCCAUGACAACCACUUCUGCGCGGUCAACGCCAAGUUCCUCGCCAUAGUAACGGAGAGCGCGGGAGGAGGCUCCUUCGUUGUUAUCCCGGUCACUCAGUUUGGCCGUAUCGACCCUCACUAUCCAAAGGUCUGCGGUCACCAAGGAAACGUGCUGGACAUCAAAUGGAAUCCUUUCCAUGAAAACAUAAUUGCUUCUUGUUCAGAGGACUCUUCUGUGCGAAUAUGGGAGAUUCCUGAUGGUGGACUGAGGAGGAAUUUGACAGAGUCUGUAUUAGAACUGUAUGGCCACAGCAGGCGUGUGGGUCUCAUAGAGUGGCACCCAACCACUAGUGGGAUUCUCUUCAGUGCUGGCUAUGACUAUAAGAUCCUCAUUUGGAAUCUUGAGAUUGGAGAGCCGGUGAAAAUGAUUGACUGUCACACAGACGUGAUCCUCUGUAUGUCAUUUAACACAGAGGGCAGCCUACUGGCUACCAGCUGCAAGGACAAGAAGCUCCGCGUCAUCGAGCCCCGCUCUGGCAAAGUGCUACAGAUCCUCAUUUGGAAUCUUGAGAUUGGAGAGCCGGUGAAAAUGAUUGACUGUCACACAGACGUGAUCCUCUGUAUGUCAUUUAACACAGAGGGCAGCCUACUGGCUACCAGCUGCAAGGACAAGAAGCUCCGCGUCAUCGAGCCCCGCUCUGGCAAAGUGCUACAGUUGCAGGGUGAUGGGAACAUCCGGUACUACGAGUUCACCCUGGAGAAACCCUACCUGCAGUAUCUCAUGGAGUUCAGGUCCCCUGCACCACAGAAAGGGCUCGGAGUGAUGCCGAAGCAUGGGCUGGAUGUAGGAGCGUGUGAAGUCUUCAGGUUUUAUAAGCUGGUCACUCUAAAGGGCCUGAUUGAACCAAUCUCUAUGAUUGUGCCUAGAAGGUCAGAGACAUAUCAGGAGGACAUUUAUCCCAUGACUCCUGGGACUGAACCUGCUCUGUCUGCUGAUGAGUGGCUCAGUGGAAUCAACCGAGGUCCAGUGCUCGUGUCUUUAAAAGAGGGCUACAACAGAGCAAACAAACUGGUGUUCAAGGCCCCUGUGAAGGACAAGAAGGGUGGAGUGGUCAAUGGGAUUGACCUGCUAGAAAACGUGCCUCCCCGUACAGAGAAUGAGCUCUUGCGGAUGUUCUUCAGGCAGCAGGAGGAAUUGCGGCGACUGAAGGAUGAACUUACGCAGAAGGACAUUAAGAUUCGACAGCUUGAGCUGGAGCUCAAUAACAUAAGGAACAGCCCAAACAUCAACAACAAUAACAACAACAGCAGCAAUGGUAGCAGCAUUUGACACUGGAUCUGUGCUGUGUUUUUUGAUCUAAAGUGACACACUAUAAGCCCUGAGCACUGCUGAAACACACGGGCUUCCUUUUACUAAAACCAAGACCACAGGAGAGCAAGCGCUUGUCUUCAUAAAGCAGUGUUUCUCUCUGACCCCCAGUGUUGACCCCACAGCUGCUGUGUGCUAAGUCGACUUUAUUGGAGUGAUGAUUCACUAACCCUGUGAAAACUGUCCCAUUACAUGAGCUUCAGUCACACUGUUGGUCCACCUGCAGUGGAUUGAUUCUCUCUCUUUAUGGAUUGGUUUUGGUACAAGCUACUCAUUGCAUUAUCAUCUCAUUAUUGUAGACUUCACUAGAUUGAAUUAUUAGAAUUAUUUAUUUCAUUUGUUUCCUUUGUGCUACUUAGCGUUGUUCUAAAUAGCUUAAUAAUCUCCAUGUAGAGAAGAAACGUGUUUUAAUAAGGUCAAACAGACAUGCUUCACCCAUCAAGCUGUUAUCUCAUGUAAACACUAGGUCCAUUGCAUCAUUUUGAUAUGACCCACAGUGCUGUUUUAAUGUACAAACACCACAGAUGAUAUUUAUCCAAUUGACAUGCUCCUAAAUCUAGAAGUAUUGGGUUUUACUAAUAUAAGUUGAGGACUGUGUUGCUUCACAUAAUUUAUGUGAAAUAUGUUCAAGUCAGUUUAUGAACGCAAAACUUCAAAUGGGUUUUUAAGUUAACUAAAGUUCAGAAUAAUUUCAUAAUUAGUUUUGAAAAAUCACACUUUGCACCUGAUGAAAACAUAAAAGUCCACAAAUUGUAAAAUGCAAUUAUGAAAUUAAUUAGUAAUAGACGUCGUAUUAGAGACCUACACUGUAGUUCCGUAGGAAAGUCAAGUUUGAAGAGAACGUGAUAAAAAGAACGUUCAACAAAUUAAAGAAUGAGACACAGAAAAUGUUACAUUUUUUGAUUCUGAAAGUUGAAUGCAUGGCAAUAUUUCAUUUUAAAGACUUACUGUGAUUUAUAAAGCAUAAUUUUACUUUUUUAUUAAAUUUUAAAUCAAACAUAUUUAUUGAUUUCCAUUUUUAUACUUUUAAGUAAAGUGUCUUUGAGUUUUCAGGUUUGUAGCUUGUAACCAUGAAUUUACUGUAUCCUUGUCGUCCUGUUACAUUCAAAUGAUUGACCUCUUAAACAAAUAGCUUCUUAGAUUGGAUGUAAACUCUUAUAAAGUGCGUUGUAUUCAGCUUUGAACUUUCAGUGUAAACCCUUUCAAAUGUUUUAUUGUAAAGUGGACCAAUUCUUUGCCGACAAAUACAUUAUGCACUACAGGUGCAGUCACGCUCUCUCUUCAGUGCGCGCUGCAUGCUCUCUAGAAGUUACCUUAUUAAUUAUGAUUUAAAACAUAGAUUUUUCCCAGAACAAACUGGACCAGCUCAAAAAAAAAAUUGUUUGGACGGCACAUUUACUAGAGCACCUAUGAGCUAAUGUGUUAAAAUGUUAUCCCUUUUAAAAUAUAUUUAUAAUCUGAUUCCCAAAUGAAUUUAUGAUUAUAAAUAACUUCGCCCGACCAGCACGGAAAGCAAAGUCGGUGCACCUCUGAAUUCAGACAUUGUGUGUUUGACAUUUUCCUGCUGUUUAAUGAAAACACUAUGAGCCUCAAACUUUGUAAAGAUUUAGCUUCAUAAAACAAUAACACAAACCCCAGCAUCUUCUGCUUUAUCAUUGCAUAGUAAAAGCGCGUUUUGAGGUAAAGUGCACUUUAGGUAUUCUGACAUUAGGGAGCGGUAAAGCCACAGUCUUGCUCAUGUCAUCAGCACGUACUGAAGGCCUACACUUGCCAUGAAACAGACAGACAACACAGCAUCCUCUUAACACGAUAAAGAGCAGUUCAGACACAAGCAGUAGUGCUUAAAGGGAUAGUUCACCUUUAGUUGCUGGUCUCCAUUGACUUAGUGUAUUGACUAUAGUCAAUAGGAACCAGCAACUGAAGGUGAACUAUCCCUUUAAGGAACACUGGGUAAUAAUAACAAUGGGCCAAACAGUGAGGAACAGGUUGUUUAUGUGGCCUGUAGCUACAUUCCAAAUCGUAUGCCUGAUAAUUGUGCAUCAUUGAAGAUGUUGAGGUGGAUAUUAAUUUGUUCAGUGUGAAGUGCCACAAUAUUUAUGUUUUACCCAGGCCCUUCAUUUGGUGUUAGACAAGUCGCUCACUACACAAGCACAAUUAAUGUUGAAAUAUUUCGUGCUGACAGUGCCUAAAGAAUUAUGAGGCAAGACAUUAGACUAACCUUCGUCUUUGAUUAAAAUGAAGAGCAUUAAUAGGUAAUCACUAUUCAUUAUGAUUAACUAACUACAGCAUGUUGCACAAAAGGUAAUUGCAUACAAAGUAAAAACCUCUUC